AUGGGCUAAUCGAAAAUAGGCCCAUCUCAUCCAGAUAGGUCUUUUUCAUCAAAUAAAUUUUAGUAUGAUAGAUAAUUCACCUUUCAUGAACCAGAUAAUUAUGAACUGUUAAAUAAAGCCUUGAUUUUUAGCAAUGAAAAUUUGAUGAUCCAUGAAUGUCUAUACAUUAAUGGACAUUUUCUUUCAAAUUGUAAGUUUACUGUAAAUUCAUUUUACAAUCUUAAAGAAAUCAAAAACCUUCUUCAGAAAGAAAAUAAAAUAUUGACCUUUUAACAUGAAUUCGAGAGAAUUAGAUAGGAUUUUAGAUUUAAGUCUAAUAUCAUUACAUAGAACACAACAAUUUAAGAAGUGAACAUUACUGAAUUAUAUAAGCAAGCCAAUUCGUUUUAACAUUAAAAUAUCCCGAUGAUGGAUAGUUUUGGAACCAAUAAUUCAAUUAAUCAAAUAACAAAUAGAGGAAGGCAGAAUCAAAGAUAAAAAAAAGCAAAUGAAUCAUCAUCUGAAGAUUUCACGGAUUUAGAUGAUAAAAGCAAAUCUCCCAGUCCUAUCAACAAUAAAUCAUAAGAUAAUAUCAGGAAGAAUAAUGUAAUAUUGAAGAAAAACUUUCCUUCUGACACUGAUAGUGGAUAGGAACAAAAAAAAAUGAAUAAAGAGUUUAGUCGAAUAAUUAAAGACAAGAAAACUUAGGCUCUAAAUGAAGAUGUUGUUUCAAAUCCAAAUUAUUAAUUUGAUAAUGAUUAAGAAGAAUAAGAAUUAGUAUUCUAAGUUAAUUCAGAUUUAAUGAAUUUGAAAAGUAGAAUAGAAUAGCAAAUUAGUCCAUCCUAUAAAAAUAUACCUAAAUCAGAAAUAUUUACAAACAACUAUUAAAAACUUAUAGAAAAACAAAAUAACCAAUAAUAGUAGAAACAAAGCUAUUAAAGUCGUGGAAUGGAAUAUUAAGGCUAAGAAAAAUAAUAAUUAUAAUAAGACUUUGCGCCUUAAACUAAAUAGAUUAAAUAUUAACAAUAAUCUAUUAUUCUUUAAUAAGAUAAGUAAUAAAUAUAAUCCAACUUUGAUUUUCAAGAGUAGAAAGAAAGACUUAAGCCUGAUCAAUUAAAAAAUGUAACUAUAAAAGUGAAUCAAAAUAUGUAAUCUCCAAAAAAUAGUUUGGCAUAUAAACCAAUUGUAUAAAAAGAAUUUUAGGUUCACCUUGAUAGUUCAAAUGCUUCAAGUGUUUAUAAACCUCCUUGGGAUGUAAAUUAAGUGAAAAAACAGUUUCCAAAUGAAAGCAAUUCUUCAGCUUGCUUUGACGAUAUAUAUUUGCAGAAAAGGAAAUAAUAACAACAACAACAACAAUAGUUUACUCCAAAUAUUAAGAUUGAUGUAAAAUAAUUUUAAUAAAAGAGGAAUUGA